GGGUUCAUCUUUUUUAUGGAGUGUAUUGUAAUUGUACGAGAUGUGUUGUGCGGCGACAGUGUGAUUGCAACUACUGAUGCAAAUUUUUAGAAGUUAUAUUUCGCUUUCAGUAAGACAGUUAAUGUAAUGGGCGAAGACAUGGGUGUAAUUCCAGUAGAUACGAGUGAUUUUCCUGAAAUUACGGAAACAGUAUCAGAUGUUAUGAAAGAGCUUACAGUUACCGAGACGGACAAUAUAACAGUACAAGCGGAAGACUUGAUAAAUGUAGGUGUAAGUUGUCUAGAAGAGGCCGAAGGUGACAUUGUCUGCACUGAAGAAAAACGAAAGAAAAGACAUAGGAUAAGGAAGAGAAAGCCCAAGAACAAGACGGAUACAGGCUCUGAAAGUAAGACAGUUAAUGUAAUGGGCGAAAACAUGGGUGUAAUUCCAGUAGAUAGCAGAGAUUUUCCUGAAAUUACGGAAACAGUAUCAGAUGUUACGAAAGAGCUUACAGUUACCGAGACGGACAAUAUAACAGUACAAGCAGAAGACUUGAUAAAUGUAGGUGUAAGUUGUCUAGAAGAGGCCGAAGGUGACAUUGUCUGCACUGAAGAAAAACGAAAGAAAAGACAUAGGAUAAGGAAGAGAAAGCCCAAGAACAAGACGGAUACAGGCUCUGAAAGUAAGACAGUUAAUGUAAUGGGCGAAAACAUGGGUGUAAUUCCAGUAGAUAGCAGAGAUUUUCCUGAAAUUACGGAAACAGUAUCAGAUGUUACGAAAGAGCUUACAGUUACCGAGACGGACAAUAUAACAGUACAAGCAGAAGACUUGAUAAAUGUAGGUGUAAGUUGUCUAGAAGAGGCCGAAGGUGACAUUGUCUGCACUGAAGAAAAACGAAAGAAAAGACAUAGGAUAAGGAAGAGAAAGCCCAAGAACAAGACGGAUACAGGCUCUGAAAGUGGCCAUAAUGGAAGCCCACGAAAAACUACCAACAAAGCACAGGGCUUUGAAAAAUACCUUCCGCAAAGAGAGAUAGAGGAAGGACUCCAGAAUGGUACACUAAUUAAGGGUAUUAUCCGCAUAAACCAGAGGAACUACAAGGAGUCAUACAUAAGUAACCCUGAUGGGCAGAUGGAUAUUUUUAUAUCUGGUGUUCAGAAGAGAAAUAGAGCACUUGAAGGAGAUGAAGUUGUUGUAAAAUUAGAACAGUCUUCAGAGUGGAAGCUUCAGUCAAAUGGCUGCUAUCAAAAAACAGGAAAGGUUGUCUUCAUCUCUGUACGCAAUCAUUUGAAAGUUGCUGUAGGUACGCUGAAAAAAAUGGGUGAUGAGAACUCUCAUUGUGCUCUCUUUAGCCCACGUGAUGCUCGAAUUCCUCGUAUGAAGAUUCCUCUGUAUGGAUGCCCUCUUGAGUUCUUGGUAUAUCCUGAAAAAUUCAAAAAUAUUAUAAUUCUAGCAAAAAUGGUAGAGUGGAGCAAUGUAAAUUAUGCUCUUGGAGAAAUUAUUCAACUGGUAGGAGAAGUUGGUAAUAAGGAAGCUGAGACCACAGGUAUUCUGUUGGAGCACGGACUUGAUGUUACUCCAUAUUCAGAUGAUAUGAAAGGUUAUUUCCCUCAAGCGCCGUACCAUAUCAGCGAAGAGGAAAUACAAAAACGAGUUGAUUUGAGGAAGGAGUGCAUUUUCACUAUUGAUCCAAAGACUGCGAAAGAUCUGGAUGAUGCUGUCUCGUGUAAAUUACUGGAAAAUGGAAAUUUUGAAAUAGGAGUUCACAUUUCAGAUGUUACACACUUCUUAACAGCAGAGACUCCUUUGGAUGACAUUGUUUCAAAGAAAGCUACCAGUGUAUAUCUUGUUGAUGCGGUUCAUCACAUGCUCCCAAAAGAACUGUGUAUGCUAUGCUCUCUAUUACCUGGUGAAGAUAAAUUGACAUAUUCUGUAAUAUGGGAAAUGACUCCAAAUGCUGAAAUACUGUCUCAGCAUUUAACACGUUCUGUCAUAAAUUCCUGCUCACAACUUGCUUAUGAACAUGUUCAGGCAAUGAUUGAAAACCCAGACAAACAGUGGACAAAAGAGGACCUACCACCAUUAGCUGGAGGCUUUGAGCCCAAAGAUAUCCUUUCUCGUGUUCUGUGGCUCCAUAAAUUAGCAUUAAUAUUGCGAAAGCGGCGAUUUGAUGGAGGAGCUCUAAAAAUUGACCAGACUAAAGUAUUCUUCUCAUUGGAUGAGUUAGGUCUACCAGUGGCAUAUAACUGUUAUGUCCAGAAUGAUUCACAUAGGUUAAUUGAAGAGUUUAUGCUGCUGGCCAAUAUGUGUGUUGCUAGGCAAUUACAUAUUGAUCAUCCUCAACUUGCAUUUUUGCGAUGCCAUCCAGGACCUGUUACUUUAAUGUUGAGUAAGGUAAAGGCCACAUUUGAGAAGCGGGGAAUUCACCUAGACGUAUCGUCAGCUGGUGCGCUACAAACAUCAAUGUGGCGCUACAGUGGAGAUGAUUUUGUUAGCCGAGCUCGCAUGAUGGUCAUUUCUUCAUUAUGUGCCCGUGCCAUGUCAAGAGCGAAAUAUUUCUGCUCAGGUUUUGUCCAAGAUGAAGAUGACUAUAACCAUUAUGCCUUGAAUGUUGCUCGGUACACUCAUUUUACCUCACCUAUCAGGAGGUAUGCUGAUGUAAUGGUGCACAGAUUGCUUGGAGCCUCUCUAGGAUACCAUGACACUCCAAAGUGGACAAAAGAGUUUGUCCAAAGGAUAGCAUUGAAUUGCAACAACAAGAAGUAUGCUGCAAAAUUAGCUGGAGAAGAAAGUGUAAAAUUAUUUCUUUAUCUGUAUUUAAAAAUCAAUGGACCUCUUGAAGAUGAUGCUGUUGUUAUAGAUGUGAAAGACCAUUCAUUUGAUGCUGUUGUAUGUAGUAAUGGACUCACUCAACGAGUUUAUGUUGAUAAACUGGAUGCAGAUGUUGAAUUUGAAUCCCAGAAGGAUUUCUCAUUCUUGAAAAUAGCAUGGAAGUCAUCAAAGAAUUUGAAUAACAUAUUCUGCCAAGUAAUUGAGAUAUUCAGCUUAGUUCGUGUGAGACUGACAGCUGCAAAAGAGCAGACUAAAAUUCUGGCCGAGCUGAUAGAUCCUCAGAAUGCUAAUACCAAUAAUGUCAGCAAUGUUGAUGGAUGUUUGACAUGACAGUAUUCAAAGUGACUCACUUUAUUUUGUGUUUGUUGUGAGUUUUCUAGACUCCAGUUGGUAACAAAAUGUUUAUGACAGUAACUGAAUGUAUCAUGUAGAAAGAGAAAGAUUUUCCGUGGUAGCAGGUAUAGAUGAAAAUGACACUAAACAGAAAGUGCUGAUGAAAAAAGUACUGUAGCUUGUCUCUUGAGUUACAUUUUAUUUUUGGUUCAUGUCUUUAUGGUAUAGAAAAGAUAAUGCCUACUUUGUGCUGUCACAUGUUUAGAAGAUAAAAUGUGCAAA